GUUUUGCUUACAGAGGAAGCUCUCACACCUAUCGUCGGAAAAGCCUCAAUUUCUACAUUUGUUGUCCACCGCUUUCCCGACUUCGACCCAAUUAGAGCCCACGUAGAUUUACCUUCACUUAGACCGAGGACUAGGCCGCGCCGCGGUGCCCGUUCUCUUUUUCUUUUCCUCUUCCACAUGUGAGUCGAGAAUUCUUUUCUUUUUCACUGUGGACUCGGAGCGCAGCGUUCAUCCCUGCGGUUGGCAUCACUUCUUAUCGCCUCAGUGCUGUACGCACACCGGCUACCCAGCUAGAAUCCGUCUGUCACGCCUGCUUGGCUUCAUUAUUUUUGUUGGGGGGUUUAUUGAAGUACUGCUCUGAUGGCUUCCUCCGCACCGGCAAGACAGUAAUAAUAAAAAAGGGAAAGAGUAGAAGAGAGCGGCACACUUGUCAGCCGCACUUUUUGCUGCCAGCUUCUCCGUUGCCGAUGGACACACGCUUCCACUGUGUGUACCUCCUCACUAGUCUCGACCCCCAGUGUGAAGGUGACUUCUACAUUGGCUACACCGUAAACCCGCUGCGGCGGCUGCGGCAACACAAUGGCGAGCUCGUGAACGGCGCACGGCGGACGAGCCGGCGGGGGCGGCCUUGGACGAUAGUGUGCUGCGUAUCUGGCUUCACGGAGGACAGGGUCGCGUUGAAGUUUGAGUGGUGCUGGCAGAACCCAACGGUGUCGGCGCGGCUCAAGCACACGGUGGGGAUUCUAAAAGGCCUGCGUCGGUUGCCGUACGCCGUGGGCACCCUCCAUUUGCUUAUCCGCGCUCCCCUCUUCAAUCAGCUCGACUUGACGCUUCACAUUUUCGAGCCGGACCUGCUGCACGGGGCACGGGCAAAGGUGGAGGUGUUCCUUGCUAUGCGCGGGGGUGCGAAGCCAAUGCAGGGGAUGCCAUCUUCACCGCAGAAUCGUGCUACCACCGAGGGCGAGGCGGCCGGCGCGGCUGCGCCGAUCAGCACACAGGUCUUGAAUGUGUCUUCCGCCUACGGGUCUGCCUCUGCGCCGCCGUCGUCGCUGCCGCUGCUGCCACCGCUGGAGCCGUCCUCUCUCUUCCACGUGGAGGUGCUCACUCGGCACGCCUUCGAGGACGCGUAUCUCAGCCACGAUCGGUGCCUGCUGCUACCCAGCGUUGGGGCGCUGACUGGCGGGGGCGACAGCUGCAGCUACGCGACGGAUCGAGAGAACGAGGACAGCUGCCUGAGUGCGUCGUGUCCGUACGAUGUCUCCGUGCUGUCACAGGCGGCGCGGGCGGAGUGGACUAAUGCGCCGUGCGAGCCGGACUCUGCCGUGGCGAGCGACAUCGAUGGCGACGACGGCGCCGCACAGUUUGUAUUGGCAAAUUCACUCGCACGGUCGCGGAUGCCUUCGCCGGACUACGCCCGCGUGCGUGGCGGCACACCAGAGAUGCUCCUAGGCUACCGAAGUGAGGAGCGUGCGGGAGGGGCGUGUGAGGAGAAGGUUGAUGUACUCGACAGCACCUCCGCCUCUCGCUCCAACUCCCGUCCCCCCAGCUUGUCUCGGUCACCCUCUCUGGCACAAACGACAGGAGGCGGCGGCGGUGUUGGCUGCUCUGCGGUGGCCGGCCCGUCGCAUCCCGGUGCGCCGUCUUCUCCAGCUUCUUUCGACGCUUCUACAGACGCCAGCGCUGGCCGCUGCCCACGCAUUCCCCUGCGCUUUGCCCACUACAGCGAAGCAGACUUCGCCAGCGCGCAUGCAGAUGAGCAAUACCGCCUGCAUCACGGCUAUCUUCCGUGCAGUCUCUGUGCGCUGCCGCUGCGGCCGCCGUGCGUGGUGCACUGCACCCGCGCUCCUUUCUGUGAGCUGCGCUGCCACUUAAGCUGCCUCGCCAUGUGGAUGCUCUACGCGGAAGAGGCAAACAGCUCAAAAGGUUCUGCUGUGCGUAUUGCGGGCGCGGUGGCGGCCCACGAGCUGCCUCAGCAAACGCAGCAACCCACUCCGUCUUCUCCAGCAGCAGCUACCACGGCGUUGUCAGCGCCGGCGCCCUUCCGCCGCCUCAUCCCCGCCCAGCCCAGCCCUUGUCCUCUUUGUGGUGUGUCGCUUCAAUGGGGUGUGCUGGUGAAGGAGUUGAAGAAGCGAGUGGUGCUGGAGGGGCGACUGCAGGCGGCGCAGCGACGCAAGCGCAUUGAGCAGCGCUGGCAGACUCGACUCGCCCAGAUCAAUGGCAACCGGAUGGCAGACAGAGAGACGAAGCGGGGGAUUCAACCGAAGAAGCGACUGAGGAUGGAGCUGUGUGAGUCUUGCAGUUCAGCUGGCAAAACCCCAACGAGUUGCGCAUCGCCGCUGUCGCAGGUGAAGGUAUUCGAUACUCCUCUACAGACUCCUCUGCCAGACGCGUCCACUCCCCCGCUGCUGUCCUCUCUGACACCGUCUUCUAUGACGCCCCAGCCGACUUCUUCGCCACAGAACACUGAUAAAGGGUUGUCGUCAUCUACAACACUUGCGGCUCCUGCUGACUCAUCUCUGUUGUCGUGGACAGCCUUCAGUGAAGACGAUUGGCUUCUGUAA